AUGCGUGCCUCUCUCGACUCAAGCCUUCUUCUCAUCCUCGCCAAUGCUCUGACGGCAAAGGCACAGGCCCAGUCAUGCCCCGAUGUUCACAUCUUUGGCGCCCGUGAGACAUCCGUGGCACCUGGUUUUGGCUCAACUGGCGCACUGAUCGACAUGAUCAAGGCUGAUCACCCGGGGGCUACUUCAGAGGCCAUUGACUAUCCUGCUUGCGGCGGCCAGGCGUCUUGUGGCGGCGUUGAGUAUGGUGUUUCGGCCAAGCAAGGUACUGAGGCUGUUACCACUGCUGUCAACGAGCUCAAUAAGAGGUGUCCCAAUACCAAGAUUGUCAUGAUUGGUUACUCCCAAGGUGGUCAGAUCAUGGACAAUAACAUCUGUGGAGGACCAGACAGCGGGGCUUCAAUCUCUGCUUCUAAUGUUCCUCUCUCAGCAAGUGCAGUUGAACAAGUGAAGGCCGUCAUCAUGAUGGGCGAUCCCCGAUUCAUCCACGGUCUGGCUUAUGGAGUCGGGACCUGCGACGCUGGCGGCUUUGAUGCUCGACCCGAAGGUUUCGUCUGCCCCAACGCGGGCAAAAUCCAGAGCUACUGCGACUCUCAAGAUCCCUACUGCUGCAAUGGUAACGACGCUGCUCAUCAUCAGCAAUACGUGAAUAUCUACGGAAAGGAGGCCUUGAAAUUUGUCAACUCUAAGCUCUAG